GUUUAUUGCACCUUCCCGUUCCUAACGGCUUCAGCGUUUAAAUUGUCCUCUGACCAACCCACAAUGCAUCGCGCUCUCCUUAUUUCGGAAAUUCUCUCUAACAUCAUAAGCCAUAUCAGCGUCGACGAACGUCUCGGCGUCUGGCCAGUCGAAUAUGUCACAUCUUCGGCACCGACAUUAUUCGCGCUGGCAUUAACUUGUCGCGCGUUCUCGGAGCAAGCAUUGGAUGCUCUCUGGAAUAAUUUCAAAGGUGUUGAACCCUUCAUGCGAUGUGCUGGAAUUACUUCUGCUCCGCAGAAAGGGCUGCAACAGGACAAAGAAUACCCCAUCAUCCCAACAGAAGCUCAACUGGCUAUCAUUGCUCGCUAUGGACAUCGUGUUCGGUCUUUAGAAUUGGGCAUGAAUUAUUGGCGGCGUAAUUAUCUUGCGCAAUCGUUUCUACGAACUAUUGCUGGCUCUUCCGAGGUUCUGGUGCCAAACUUACGAAGCCUGGAAAUCGGAUUUCCCUGCGAAUUACUCCAUCUGGUCCCCCCCUUGCUUGGCCCGCACCUGCAGCAUUUUUUCAUCAGCAUCCGAGAUUACGAGAAAGGUAGCCACCAUUUGCGCACUGUCUUCCAAUGUUUGCCUUUAUAUUGUCCAUCGCUUGAAAGCAUCACGGUUUUAAAAUCUUACCACCUAUCUCGCGAACGGGAUGCGCCUUUCAUUCUACCAAUGUCGUAUGCUAUCCAAAAAAUGCCGAAGCUGCGGUCAGUCACCGUACCAGCCAUAACAAAGGACGCCCUAGUUUAUCUGGGUGGACUAUCAUCUGUUACCGAUAUCAGCUCGCAUCUGCCUACCGGCACUGAUCUCGAAGAUAUUCUUGGUUCAUCCCGUGGCCAAAUUCUCUUUGAGAACAUCGAGAGCGUUGAUUGGGAGAUCAAAGAAUGGCGAGACGUCGAAGUCUUCGCACGUCUAUGGCCUCAUAAAUUCACCUCAAUGACACUUCGAUCUGAGGCCAAGUUCGAUCCAAGCCUAUUGCAGGUACUUUUUGACUCGAUCCAUGUGCGCGAGGCAUUCAGGAACCUGGAGUGCAUAUGCUUAUCCGAAUCAUUCCCCUGCCGGCUGUCAUCCAGUAUAGUCAUCACCAUCGACACCAUACGGCCACUCUUCUACCUCAGUCAACUUCGGGUUGUGGACAUCGAUACGAGAUCAUGUAUGAGCAUCGGCGCGAACGACCUGGUGAAAAUGGCAGAAGCAUGGCGCUGCCUUGAGGUGUUACUCCUCAACAAGACGGAUGGAAGCAUGUCUGGCGCGGUACCCAUGCCACAGUGGGUUACAGUGCCCGAGGUCGUCAGAUUCAUUGAGCUGUGCCCUAGCUUGAAGAAACUUUGUAUUGGUAUCACACUCAGUACCGUGGACUGUGACUAUGACAUGGACAAGGCAAGCCUAUGCGCCCUCGAGCCCCAUAACUCGGACAGUAGGUUGGAAGCUCUCACGCUGAAAUACCCUCGUGACGAGGAAUACAUAUGA